CCUUAAAUACAAUUACUGCACAUAAAGCUUAAUAUAACUGGCUAAACUAUCCGAGUUACAUUUUAUUUGACAAGAAGUAAUGCAUACACGUUUAAGUUUAAGUUAAAAUAAACGGUUUGAUAGUCAGCCACUAUCAUCCCGUGGAUAUCGUCUGCUGAUAUCGUUUGGCUAAGUUACAAGCGGCACACGACCAAAAAACUGGAUUUUUUUCCGUAUGAAGGCAUGGUAUAAAUACUGUAACGAUUACACUAGUUUUUAAAAAGAAAAAAAAAAUUGUCGUUUGCUGUGUGUUUUUUUUUUAAAGAAACAAACAAAAAACGCGCAAUGAUAAUAUGAAAGGAGGACAAUUUAAAAUUAUGAUUUAGAAUUACAUACAUAAAAAAGAUAAGCAUAUAAUUAUCUUUAAUAAUAUAUAAAUAUAUUUUUCGGAACAAAUAUUUUGAUAGAAAAAAAACAACUAAAAAAAAUGGAUAAAAUAAACAAUUCCUGGAUAUUAUUAGUUAUAUUUUGCGUGCUUUCGGGGGCUCGUGCCCAGCAUAGUGUGAUACGUUUUACCAGUGACGAGAUUAAGAAGAUUGUAGCCACUCAUAAUGACCUCAGGAGAUCGAUCUACAACGCUGCAAACAUGAGAGAACUGACAUGGAGUGAAGAUGUAGCACAGAAAGCAAUAGAAUGGGGAUCUAGGUGUGAAUAUGUCAGCCGCCCAGACAACAACUGGGGUCAAAAUAUGAACUAUUUCUAUGGCAACUCGUACCAUAAAUCCUCCUUACAGUUGUUUACAGAAACAUUUACAGCUUGGUCAAACGAAACUAUGCAUUAUGAUUACAGACGAUAUCGAUAUUGUGGAAGCAAAAACGUUUGUUCGUAUGUUCAGGAUGGCUUUAGACGACAGCUUAUAGCAGCAGAUGUCCAAGAAGUAGGCUGUGCUAUUGUAAAAUGUCCAAAACUAGAGCUUACUUCUCCAAGAGCAGUUCAACGUCACGCCAAAUUGUUCGUAUGCUUCUAUUCACCAUGGGUAAACAUUUUGGGGUCUGAAGUUUUUAUACCAGACAAACGCUGUGCUGCUUGCCCUCAGGGAACGAAGUGUGUAGAUAAUUUAUGUUCAGCACGAUUUUCAACACCUGGUGUUCGAACACUUCCUGUAGGAAAACCAAGUGCGGCGAUUGAGUCAAUAUCUGGCUCGACAUCAUCAAAAGCAAGUCUUGCACAGCCAAGGCCAGUUCCUACAACAAUAUCGGGAGGCAAUAGGAAAGAAUCCAGACAAGAAUCCCGACCAAAUAACGGCGGUGGAUCUAGAAGGGGAAGAGGACACAGAAAUCAUAAACGCCAACCAGUUGAUAGAGUGGUUGGAAGCCAUAAUUCAUUUAGUAAAAAUGAUGGAGAGAAACAGAACAACAGGGUGUAUCAAGAACAUCGUGGACGAAAUGAGACCAUUGUAGUGUAUACACCGAAUAACAGAGUUAUUCCUUUUCCAAGUAGAUCGGACAAGAGAAAUAUAAGGAGAAUCGAGAAAUUUGAGCGAAGGGAAGAAAAGGACCUUGACGAAAAACAAGAAAAGAUUAUCCAUAAUUUAGAGCUAGUUGCAAAUAACAUAACUGUGGCAGACACAUCAUCAAAUGUAAAGCACGGGGGCAGUAGAAAGAAACGACAGACUUCCUUACAAGACGCUCUUUACCAGAGACGAAUAGAAUAUGAGAGAUAUCUUAGAGAAUACGAAAUGUUAAUGCGUGAAAGAAAGGAACGCCGCCGGCGUUACGAGGAGCAAUUACGACGCCGAGAGCAGCAUUACUCAGCAGUGCAAGAAUUACGGCGGGCUGACGCCGUUUCGCGUUAUAACGAAGAAGUACAAAGAAGACAUCAACUUAGAUUGCAGCAACAAAGAAGGCGAUACGAAGCAUUGGCUCUAACCCAAAAUGAAGCAUUAUAUGCACAAGAAUUACGUCGGCGUCACAGAUUGAGAGAAGAACGAAGAAGAUACGAAGCGCUUGCAUUGUUACAGAAUGAAGGUGAUUUGACAGGGGAAGAACAAUUCUUCACAAUAUCUGCACAUAAUGUGUUGAGACGAGAAGUUAAUGCCAAAGACUUAGCUUGGAGUAGUUAUUUGGAGAGAUGGGCGAAGUACGUUAUUCGUUGUGAAACAGAAUACCCGGGGCCAAUUAAAUGUUACACUAACUUUGGAAAAGCUGAACCGGGGCAAGAUAUUUACAACGUAGUUUACCAAUGGGGCGCUGAAGGAAACGAUCUGACCAGACCACUGAGAUACGGUUGCAGGACACCUUAUGACCGAACCUUGUGUAAUCACAACUCUAUCAUCCGUAAUAAGUCCCUGACACAAAUGGCAUGUGCUUCAAAGAAUUGCGGACUACAGCGACAACUUACGUGUGUUUAUAGUUCCGGUUAGGUCUAAAUUAUCAUCAAUAUUAAAAUCAUAGCAUGUAUAUUUUAGUAUUUUCAUCUUUCCACGUUUGGGCAAGCACUGAGGAUGUCAAGAAUAUGUUUCGAUUUAGAAGAAUGAUAAAAGGCCAGUAAAUAAUUGAUACUUUAAUAUGCUUAUUAACUAUAACGCAAUGACUUUUAAACACUUUCGAACUAUGUUUCUUUAUUCAUUGCAAAUAUCUAGAAGAGGCAGACAAAAAUCAUGACAAUUUCACAAAUGAUUGUUUUAUAUAUGUAACAAAUUGCUACCAACAAAAUGAGCAAUCAAUACAUCAGAAACUUAUUUCAUGAAACGAAAAAAAUUGUAAAUUUGUGUGUAUUUUGUAUUUUAAUCCAAAUAUUUGUUUUUGUUUUGACGUACAAACGGUUUAUGUAUGAUGCAUUGUAUUUAAUGAUAUAUGCUAGCUGAUGGAAAAUAUUGACAUAUAAGUGAAAAAAGUAACGAUUUCUUCAGAGAUGAGUCAGUAAAUGUGACAGUUUUUAAUCAAAAUUGUUAUUUUAUUAUAUGUCAGGUCAGAUAAUAGAAGCUGUAAACUUCUCUGUGUUUUUUUUAAUGAUUUUAGUGGUUUUGUACAUUAUGUUUUGGUAAUGAUAUAUUUGAUUAACUAUACUUCAAGUUUGGAAUAUAAACAUGCAUUAUGAUUAAAAAUAAACUAAAUAGAUAAAUGGCAUCUAAUUAUGUAGAAAGAUUCAUGUGCGGCAAAACUUAUGAAGAAAGUUAUUGAUACUUCAUUUUUGGUAUAAUAUCAAAGGCCCGGCAUGAUUUCAUUCCUAUAAAUUCAGUUACAAUAUUUUUUGUACUCAUUGAGUGUCUUUCUUUUACAAAAUUAAAUAGAUCUAUGAUUAUAUUCGACGGUUUUUGUCGAUUUUAGUUGCUUAUAGCGGCUAUAAAAUAUGAUAAAAACAUUGAGUGAUCAGGGAGACUGAAGUGGAAAAUGCCAGUAACACCAUAUGUCUUUCAGCAAAAUUCUACACAAAUUACUUGUUAACGUUGUAGUGUGUGCUAAUAUGUUACUUGGAACUUGCAUUUACAAAUUGUAAAAUUAUAAAACAAAAAAGGAGAAUAUUUUACAGUUAAUUAAAGAUUGCACAAUAUCAAAAACCUUAACGUUUACAACAGGGAUGUAUCAUUACAUCAAAUAUGGUUGUGUUUCUUGUGCUUUCCCUUACCAAAAAAAGUUUACAAAUAACAAAAGUUUCAUAAGACAUUGGCCGAAAUAAAAAAAAAGAAUAAAUGCUAUAUUAUUGAGUUUUGGAGAACGUCUCUGUGUGUAUCAUAUUGCUACAGAGACUCUAAACACUGUACAUAUUCUUAUAUUAUAUCCAUAUGAUAUACGCUAGACACUAGUUAACUGCGUUCAUUUAACAAGUACUACUUUUACAGACAAAUAUCAUACUUGGUAGGUGCAAUUAAGCAGUACUUUAACAUACACAUUUUUAGACUAGUAUAUUCUGUUUCUAGGUGGUAUAGAAUUGUAUUCAACAUUUUGUUUAUGUGUAUCUUGUAGUAUGUCCUAUUAACCAAUUAAGAUAUAAAAAAACAAAUAUCAACGAAAUAAAUCAACCGAAUCUAUAUUUAUGACAGCAUCGACUAGCUUAUCUGAUCUUCAGUUGUUAAGCAAUAGAAUCAGUAUGUGAUAAAGCUACUGACAUUGAAAGAAGAAGUUUAUUAACCAGUGAUCGAAGUAUAAAGCUUUUCUAUUUUAUUCGUAUAUUCCCAUCAGUUAAGUAAAACAUUUUGUAUAAGUUUAAGAACUUUUUUUCUUUGCCCAAGCUAAAGUACAUCUGUAAAAGUUUGUAUUCGGUCCGGUAUAUCAGCAUUUAAUUAGAGGCACGACCACG